GUAGUAUUUGUGUGCGCCCACAUGCCUCCGUGUGGCAUGAACGAGCACGAGUGAAGGGUUCGGCCCGGUUUAUGAAAACAACAAGCACACAAAGUGUGCGUGUGGCGGACAAAGUGGCGUCGAUGCGGGCGAAAGGGCGGCACCUCAACUUCCUGUUGGCACUCAGGGACCCCGAGAACCACUUGAGGGAUUUCCUCCCUUGUUAAGAGACACGCUUGCCCAAACAGACGCACGCACGCACACAAACAGGAAGACGCACGCACACAUACCGACUUGUUGCAGGAUGCUAGCUCGGGGCUAAUGGCAGCAGGAAGUGUCACGUUGGCCUCACGCCGAAAGAUGACUUGGACGGUUUGAGGAAACUUCCUGUUGACCCGCGUCAACUUCGCGGCGAAUCGAAAAGCGCACAAUAAGCACACACCGAAGCAAAAGUUGCAUUGCGAUGUGGCUUUUUUUUUUUUUUUUUUUUUGUGGUCGAAAGCUGACUGGGUGUGACGACCUCAAUGGCACAUCUCAGAUGUUUCGGUAUAUCUGGAGGUCAGAGUUCGGAGUAAGCCGCCACCUGUCAGGUCAGGAGGUCGACCGCGGGGCAGCCGCGUCCUGAUUGGCUGACAGACUCCGACAAGAUCGAAGAUGACACCGCCGCCCUCGGCACAACUCGGCGAGACUGCAGACGGCAAGGAUGUCGUCAGGCCUCGGCGACCGCGAUUCCGACGCGUACGACUUUGCCGAGUACGCCAACUGGUCGCUGGAGGAUUGGCGGCCGACGGAGGACGAUUACGGCGACGGCGGCUCCGACUGGUGCGAGGCGGGCGAGCAGGAGUCGGCCAUCAAGGUGCUCCAGACGUGUCUGUUCACCGUCAUCUUCCUGUCGGGCGUGGCGGGAAACGUUUUGGUGAUGGCCACCUUCGCGGCGUAUCGCCACCGCCGACGCUCGGCGACAGACGCCUUCCUGUUCCAGCUGGCGCUGGCCGACCUGCUGCUGCUGCUGACGUUGCCGCUGCAGGCGGCCGACACCAACGUGGGUUGGAUCUUCUCGGCGCCGGCGUGCAAGGCGGCCCGCGCCGUCUACGCCGUCAACACCUACGGCGGCCUGCUGCUCCUGGCGUGCAUCGCCGUGGACCGCUACCUGGCCGUGGUACCGCGUCGGAAAACGCCGCGCCGCCGCGCUCGGACGGCGGCGUUUGCCAGGUCGGCGGCGGCGCCGGCCGUCUGGCUGGCGGCGUCGCUGCUCAGCCUGCCCGAGAUCAUCUUCUCCGACGUGGCCGGCUCCGGGGCCAACGCCUACUGCGGCACGCUGGCGAGCCCCCGGAUCAAAAUGGCCGCCAACGGCGCCGCCAUCGCCGUCUUCGCUCUGUCCUUCCUGGUCAUGGCGGCGUGCUACGGGGGCAUCGCUCGCGUGCUGUGGGCAGGGGGCGGCGGGGGCGGGGCCAGGCGCCCCCGCCGCACGCUGAGGCUGAUGGCGGCCCUGGUGGCGCUCUUCCUGCUCUUGCAGCUGCCCCACAGCGUGGUGCUGUCGGUCAAGAUGGCGCGGCCCCUUUGCGCCCUGCUCCUGGAGUACGUCACGCGCAGCCUGGCGUACGCCCGCUGCUGUCUCAAUCCCGUCACGUACGUCCUGGCGGGCCAGCGCUUCCGCCGGGACGCGCUUCGGCUCCUCCGUCGCCCGUGCCGGCCGGCCAUUCGGGCCGACGGCGCCGCCUCGCAAUCGUAAUCUGAUUCCAGGUGUUCUGAUGCGAUUCCAUUCUGUCUGAUUCUUUGAUUGGUAAUUGGUCGACACGUAUUGGCGGGCAAUCGAUUUCGUGCGUGGCGAUGUCAUGCAAUCAAGUCUGAUUCUGCGCAUUGUCAUCCAUGAACUGUCAUCUGAUUACAUGUAACCUGACGCAAUCGGAGUCCGUGCAUUCGAGUCUGAUUCCAAGUUUCACGCCAAACUUUGUUUCUUUUUUACUUCUUUUAUUGCCACUUUCACGACAAUUUAUAAAAACUCUCGAUGACACACUCAUGUCUUGACAUUACUCUGAUUAUUAUUAUUACAAGUCAUCAGCGUGCACGUCUAGAGUUUGCAUGCCACUCGGGUGUGAUUUUUUUUUUUUUUCCUCCUAAUUGCGAUGAUGGAGAACAUCAAGUCCAUGGAAGCUACGAGACGGUCGAUGGUACGGGUGCGUGCGGCCCACGCGGGCGACUAUUGGGAGAUAUCCGGGAAACGGGUAGAAAAUGGCCGACAGAGCUUGAU